UUGCGCACGCCUAUAUUAGUUAGUUAGUGGUUUUUUCAGAUAGUAGUGAGUGAGCAUGGCACAUGUUAUCGUGUCCUCUAAUGUUCUGAAUUUCAUCACGAAAUAUCAGGUUAUAUUUGCUCGCUUCCGCACUCCACUGAUUAGUUUUCCCGACAGACUCCGAGCGAAAGUAGCCUCUAGUCCAACGUCCAACUUAGCCAAAACAAGUGCAAAGCUAGUUAGUCCCAGCAGUUCAACCAGUGUGAAUCCCCUGGACAGAAAAGUGUUGGCUAGCCAGUUUGCGAGUACAGAUCAGGAGAAGAUGGACUUUGCGAGGCUGCCACAGAGAUUUAGAAGGAAACAGGCGUUGGAAUGGGAAAUGGAAGCCAUUAAUGUUGGCGGAGAAUGAGCUGUGUUAGACCCAAGAAAAGAUAAUUUCAUCUGUUGUAGUACAGAAUAGCUUACUAAUUGUACCAAAAACUAAUUUCAAAUUAAUUUGUACAAACUAAA